GUUGUGAAGAAAGCGUCUUUGAUUACUACAUAUGUAACAAACCCACUGUCUCCAUCCCCAAAUUUCAAAUCCCAACCACCAUCCUGGACACCUAUCUCUCAAUGGCGGAUGCAGAAGAAAAUGAAGAAAUUGCCCUCACAGACGACCAGAAAUUCGACAUUGCCAAAUGGUUUCUUCUCAACUCUCCACCUGGCGAAAUUCAAUACGUCGCCAAAGACCUGCAAUCGGUUCUCAACGACGACAAUGUGUAUCGAAGAGCGGCUUCUGAAGCGUUUCCUCUCUACAACAAAUCACACGUUGUUUGUUUACAGUUUCCUAAUCGAAGCGGUGAGGUUCUUGUAUCAUCAUAUAGUGAGCUUAGUGAGGAUGAGUAUCUUGAUCCAAGGACCGCACAAGUGGGAAAGGUUGACCAUGUUCGACAAUUGGCUCAGAUUUGUACACAAAUAAGACCAGCUAUAGACGAGGAGCUUCCAUCCCCUUACAUAGAAGAGUAUCGAAGUGCCCUAGAUGUGGAAAUCUCCAAGUAUGUCGGAGAGGCUUAUCCAAAAGGUGUCUGCUCGGUUUACUGUACCAGUGGAAAAGACGUUGAAGACUACGGUUCAGAUUUUGAGCUUGUUGUGGUCAUUACAGCUACUCGACACAGCCCACAAAACUUUUGUAAUGGUAGUUGGGGCUCAAUAUGGAACAUUGAGUUCAAGGAUGAACUACAAACUGUCGAAGUCAGAGGAAAAGUGCAGGUGAGUGCUCACUAUUUUGAAGAAGGGAAUGUACAGCUAGAUGCAAAGCAUGAAUGCAGGGAUUCAACUAUCUUUCAGUCACCAGAGGAUUCUGCUGAUUCAUUGAUGAACAUCAUUCGCCAUCAUGAGACAGAGUACCUGACGUCUCUGCAGGCAUCUUAUUCCAAUUUGCCAGAUUCUACAUUCAAGGAGCUGCGAAGAAAGCUUCCAGUUACUCGUACAUUGUUCCCGUGGCACAACACAGUGCAAUUUAGUCUCACAAGAGAUCUUACAAAAGAACUUGGAAUUGAAAAAUAGACAUGUAUAGGAAAUGGUCCUCCUCAGAAUCCACAUUCUUUAAGCCUGAAUCCAAUAGUGUGAGGGAAAGCUGCUGCUGAUUGGUCCAAAUUGUAUCCCUGAAUUCAAUAUUUUGUUAUGUGUUAUUGAUCAUUUGCCUUUAUUCAUAUGAUCUGCUCCACCUA